AUGUCAAACAAAACAGAGAGGAAUCUUUCGAUGAUCGAUGUCAUAGUAUUUACUGGUUUGGAAUCAUUGGGAGUAUGUGCGAUUCUUGGAAAUUUAGCGUUGAUUAUUGUGUUGCUCAGGAACAAAUAUCUACAGAGAGCAAGGUUGGUGAACAAUUCUUAUUCCAGAAAAAUUAUUUACUUUAAUUAUUUUUUGAAACGAUUUUCAGUAACUCUCAAGAAUUUUUUUUCGAUAAUAUAAUAAUGAUUGAUAAAUUUUUAGAUAUCAUUUUUAAGAUCUCAAAACUAAAGUUCUCAAUUUCUGAACUUCUGAAAACCAAACAUCAGAGGAUUACCGUAUUCAAAUUGCUUCGAAAAUUCUUGAAAAAUGUAUUUGUUGAACAAUUUUUUGUAUUUUCGAAUAAAUUUGAAAAUAGUGAACUUGCGGUAAAUCGAGUUCGGGGAUCAGACUGUUUCCACAUUUCUGGAUGUUUUGUGAUUAGAACUGAUUUUUGAGAUUGCUUGGAAGGUUCAACUUUCAUUAGCAAAUUUUCGAAAUCUAGAUUUGAUAAUCUGACAUCAAUCGCAGGUUAAAAUAUAAUAAAAAUUUUCUAUUCCAGCUUCAUUCUAAUGUUGAAUCUCGCAAUUGCCGACGUGAUUCAUGGUUUUGUAACAACUUGCCAUUUCUACCCACCAAUUUUAUUACAAAAAAUGCACAUCAAUGAAUUGGGCAUCCGAUUUUUCAAUAUUUGUGAUUGGACAGCUUGGGCAAUUACACUAACGUAAGUUUUACUCUUGACUUGAAAUUCCCUCAAUUCACAUGUUAUUUCAGACAUAUGUCUGCAAUAUGUAUUGAUCGAUUAAUAGCAAUCAUUCUUUAUGGAAGAUAUAACACUUUGAUGACUGUUCAAAGAAUACGGACGUUUAGGUAUGAUACAACUUUUUCAGAGAAAUUAAUAAAACAAAAUUUCCAGUUUGUCAUGUUGGGCUAUAUUUUUGGGAACAAAUAUCACUUUGUUUUAUUUGAAAGCAUGUUGUAUGAUCCAACCACUUGAAAAGAAUCGAUUCUAUACAUUCGGAUAUAAAACAAGUGAGUUAACUUAACUUGAAAGUUAUAGCGAAAUAAUUAUUUUCAGCUGGUUUCAAUAUAUAUGUUUUGUUAUACACGCCGUUUGAGAUAAUAACAAUUCUCAUUUUAACAUUCAGCAAUCCAAUAACUUUGGUUCAAUUGUAUCGUAGACACAAAAGAAAAUUAGCGUUGAGACAGUAAGUUUGUCAAAAAUAGAAUUUGCUAGAUUUUUAGGCUUUUUUGCUGAAAUUAAAUAGCAAUUUCAGUAAAAACACCUAGCCUUGCAAUUAAAGCCAAAGCCAAGCCAAAGCCUAAGCCAGAGAUAAUUUUUACUUUUGAUAAUCAACCAAAUAUUUUUCAAAAAAAUCUGCAUGGUGUUUUCUGCACUAUUUUUUUUCUGAAACUCAUCAACCAAACAAUUUUUGCUCUCUUACGGCUUUGGUAACAUAGAUUUUUCUUACAUAUAUGUAACAAAAAUUUAGUAUUUUUGCACGUUGAAUAACAUGAGUGCAGUGCAUUGUUUUUCUCAAAAUAUUUAGGCAAGGCGCAACUCACAGUGUUUCGGCUUCAUCUUCUUCAAUUCUCAAACAACAACGAUCACAGUGGCAAAGGUUAGUUUAAUUAAAAAAAAAUAUUAAUUGAAAACAACUAAUGAUUUUAAAAAACCCGACUCUAAAAAUGUUUUUUUUUCGAUUUAGUUGAUUUUUUGUUGAGAACGAAGACAAAUCGUUUUGAGUUUCACACCUCAGCUUGCCAAAAAAUGGAAUUUUAGGUUGCGAACAACCCUGACACCAUCUAGAAUAGUGUUAGUCAAGCCAAACAAAUACAUGUAAUUUAUUGAUUUUUUUUUUUUGAUUUUGCACGUUUUUUCCUCACACUUUUUGCUUUUUUUAACCACCCGCAUGCUCACUGACUCACCAAUAAUUGCUUGCUAAAACCGGAAAUGAUUGGAGUGAUAUUAAUUUGGAUCAGGUGAAGAUUUUCAGACAUAGUAUACAUUUUGUCAGCUCAAAACACAGUGUGUAAUGCACUACCCCUAACUCAAAAGAUUUUUAACUUUUCAAAACAUUUUCAGGUAGAUCAAAAUGAUUUUUCUCUGAAAUUCCAACUCUAUAUUUUGAUCAGAUCUUCACUUUUCUCAUUUUUUUUAAUUUUCUGAACUUUUUUAAUGAGAUGUUUCCAAGAAUUGUUUUUUCUCUUCAAUGUUUUCAGAUAAAUAACUAGCUGAAAACGUGUGAUUAAUUCAGCUAAUUUAGAAACUUCUCUCUUUUUUUCUAACUUUAUGAAACAGUAAUAUCCAAAUAUCAUUCCAGUCAUUUCUUUUGCACCCCACUAACACCUAAAAAAUUCCAACUAACCAACCCAACUCAACCCAAUUUUCGAUUGAAUGAGAAAAAACAACGUGAAAAAAAACAACUCUGGCUUUUCGCUGUCCAAUUCAAUAUUUAUUUUAGUUUUGCCUGCAACAGAUCUCUGAUGUUUGAUUAGGAAUACCCAUUCUGUCAUGUUUUCAGAGCAAGCACUAUGCUACUAGAAAUGUCGAUGAAAAUGGGUAGUAAACAAAUUACAAACGAUGUUCGAGAAAUGGCUGCAAGACGAGCUAAUCGACAACAACAACGAAUAUUAUUGCAGGUAUUUGAUGAGAGAAAAUAGGAAGAGGGGGGGGGCACUUUCAGAUUUUAAGAAAAAACAAUAUUAACUUGAAUAUUUCAGAUCACAGUUGUUGCAUUAAUUUUCUACAUUUAUAUGUCUGCAUAUUAUGCCGUCUCCUAUAGUUCAUUCACUGAAAAUAGCACGGUUAUAAUAUUCAACAGUUAUUUUUAUUCAAUAACUCAUAUGAUAAAUCCAGUCAUCUAUUUUUCAUUUAACAAAGAGAUGCGUGCACAAUUACGAGAAGCUCUUCGAGAUUUUAUCAAAUUUUUCAGUUGCAAGAAGAAGGAUCCAUAUGGAUUCUCAAAUGCUUCAACUAAAGUUAACCAUAGCUCAAAGAUCACGUAAGAUUUUUUAUUUUCUAUUUUUUGAUUUUCCUUUUUAAUAAUUUUCAGAAUGGUGGCUGCUCAAAGCACAAGUUGUAGUGAAACAUCACCAUUGUUUUCCUCCGCGCAGCAUUAUAAAUCUACUGGUACGACAGUGAAAAAUUUGGAGGAUCACGAUGAGGAAGAAUCUGUGAAUUCGAUUGAUGAGGGAAAUAGUACUGGUAAUGAAUCUGCUGAAAUUCGAGCAAUUGUUGAGGGAACUGAGCCAUGUAGGAAAAUUUAUUGAAUUUCUCCAAUAAUAAUUUAAUUUCAGCUGAUCAAUGUUCAUCUCCACAAUCAGAUCUUUAUACAACUCCACCAGGUCAACUUCCAAAUAAUAAAAUGAAUUCCAAAGAUCGAUCCACAUUUAUCAAUCAAAUUGUGAACGCACUUCAAUAUGCCAGCAAUAAAUCGUUGAAAAAUGUUGAAGAAAAUGAGAUGGAAGAAAGACCUAGAAAAAGAUUGGACAAAUCGGCAACAACAAACGAUAUCAGUAGUGUUAUCAAACAAAGGUGAGAAUUUGAUAUAGUAUUUGAUGAAUGAAUGACGGUUUGCGGUGUUUAGGUAUAUUCGAUUUUCAAACACUUUGCAAGUUUUUUCACGAGAUUCGAUUGACAAUCUACUUCCCGAAAACAGGUUGGACUAAUAAAAAUAAUCAACAAAUUGUUGUCUUCACGAUUUUGAAAUUUUCGCAUGAAAAUUUAGCACUUUGUGAAAUAUUUUUGUACAAAAGAAUUUAAUACAUAAACUUAUGGUAAAUUUUACCCAAGCUUUAAAUUUUAUAGAUUUAUGUCAAUGGGAAGUUUGGAGCGAAGUUGUUUAUUGAAUGACAUGUCGGGUAAUAGUGAUUCAACAAAUGAGAACAACAAAUCGGCUAUGAUCACUAGGUAAACAAACACACAUUUACAGGCUAAAGAUCGAAAAACCUAAUUUUUAUUUCAUAGAUCAUCUUCCACAAGUUCACAUACAAUGUUUCAUAGCGCUGUAAAUGAUGAAACAACGGGUUAUUUGCUCAAUGAGGAUAUAGAAAUUGAUAGUGAUGAUGAAAUUGCAUAUUUAUAA